GAUGAUGAGAUUGGAGAUGGGACCACUGGUGUUGUCAAUGCGAUCCUCACUUUACUGGCUGGUACACUUUUGGAGCAGAGCAAAGAUCUACUAGACCAUGACAUUCAUCCCAUCUGUAUAGCAGAUAGCUUUGACCAGGCCUGUGCUGUUGCCUGUGAGGAGCUUGACAGCAUCUCA